AUGUCUAAAGAUACAUCUUUUGAAGGCAUCUUCAAAGCAAAACUACGAGAUAAUAAUGCGCCUUUCUCUGAAGAUGACUAUAAAAGAUUUUGUAAUCAAUUAAAAGCUUCUUUCGCUGUUGGAGUACUAAAUUUAUCCGGCCAGCGUAUAGGUAUCAACGUUUUAACGAAACUUUCAAAAUUACUUCGAGCUAAUCAGCAAAUAACUGCAUUUAAUUUUUACGGAAACUUAAUUCGAGAUCAUGGAAUUCACAGCUUAUUACAGCUUUUAAUGGUAAAUACUCGCGUUAAAGUUUUAGAUAUUGGAUGUAAUGAUUUCACAAAUCAAGCUGUCCCUACAAUCGUUGAUAUAAUUAAUAAUACUAAAAUUACAAGUUUGCAAAUAGGAACUGUCGGUGUUGCAUGGCAUAACAACAAAUUUACUAUCCCUGCAUUAUCAGAUAUAGUUCGUGCAGUCCAAGGCUCAAAUCGCAUUGAAUGCCUUGGUUUAUCUGGUCUCUGCAUGAGUUUUCGUGUAGGUGCACGCAAAAUCUCUAUGGAUGCUGACCUAGCACAUUUCAUUGAAGAAAGCUCCACUCUAAAAUCUCUUUCAAUUGCAGAAAAUGGAUUUGCUCCAAAAGAACAAGAAGUAGUCCUUAAUGGACUUUUACAGAACGAGAAUCUUAAAUUCUUGGAUAUGCAUAUAUCUCCACUUCCAGAUCCAUUUGGUGGGAACUUUUUAUCCCAAAUAAACAGAAUGAGCAGAUUAUCUUAUUUAGAUUUACACAAGUGCCAAUUAUCAGAAAAUGCGGGUGCAUCAUUAGCUGAAUCACUUAAAUACAAUACUAGUCUUAUUGUUCUCGAUAUUUCUGAAAAUGAAAUUGGAGAUUUGGGAUUUAUGGCCAUUUCUCAAGCCUUAUUAGAAAAUUAUACAUUAUCAGAGUUGAAUGUUGGAAAUAACAAUAUAACAGAGCAAAGUGCAGAUCACAUUUCAGAAUUAAUUUUGAAAAACAACAUUUUAUCCAAUUUAGAUUUAUCAAAGAAUGGAAUUGGAGAUGUUGGAGCUCAUGCCAUUGCAGCGUCUAUUACUAAUAAUGAAUCUCUGACCAAAUUAAAUAUUUCAUCUUGCAGAAUCUCAGAUAACUACGCAGUUGAAAUUGCAAUUGCUCUCAAAGAUAAUAAAGCGCUUAGAGUUCUCAAACUCUCUGAUAACUUCCUCACAAGAGAGUGUGGAUAUUCAAUUUUAGAAGAAAUUCGUGCAAAUGAAGUAAUUUUUACCAUUGACGUUUCAGCAACACAGAUUGACCAUUUCGUUCAACAAGCAAUCAAUACACUUUGCCAAAGGAAUAAGCAGAUCCAGAGGGAAGUUAACUUGCAGCCAUUAAAGAAAGAACUCGUUCAAUUAUCAAUACAAAGAACGAAAAUGCCAGAAGCAGAAUCAAAGCUUAAAUCAUUAAAAGAUACAAGAAGGCAAUUAGAAACAGAUGUCAUUGAUACUCAGGCAGAGAUUGCAAACACAUAUCAAGCAUCUGAGCAGAAAUUAACGGAGUUAAACAAGCUAAUUUCCAUUGAAAAAGAAAUGACUCAAGAAGAAUACAAAGCUGCAAAGAAAAAUGAAGAAGAAAGAGAAGUAAUGAAAUCUCAGCUUGAAACGCAGAUACAAGAUAUCAAGAAUAGUACAGCAAGAGAAGAAGUUUUAACUGAGAAAUUGUUACAAGAUACAGAAGCUCUCAAAGAAGAGAUACAAAAAGAAACACAACAGCAACAAGAAGAAGAAAUGGAAUUGCAGAGAAAAAUUGAUCAAGUAAUGAAAAUCUUGGAAGAAACAAAAGAAAAAGUCCAAGACGAAGAAUCAAUUAGGAAUUUCGUUCCACCACAGAUUGAUUUCAGCCAAUUCACAAGUGACCCAAUCUUCUUGGUUGAUAAGAUCGAAGAGCUUAAAGAAGCAGAAAAUAAAUCUGCAACAUCUUCAAGAAAAAGAAAGAAAUCGCCAAAAAAGAGUUCAAGAAAGAAAUCUCCCAAGAAAUCAAAGUCGAAAUCUAAAGCUGCUGAAAAGCUUUCUAAGUGA